CCACGGCGGCGGAGCUCGGGGCCGGACGCUCGGUUCCGCCCGGCUGGCCCGCCUGGGAGCGGGGUGGGGGCAAGAGAAGAAGGGAAGGGCCGGGGUGGGAAAGGGCGAGCCCCUCUCCCCCGGACGGGAAGAGCGGCAGCGGCGCUGGGCGAGUCCGAAAGGCGAGGCAGUGCCAUGCUGCCUUUGUGCAAAGUUGGGCGGCGGGCGGCACGCGGCGCGCAGGGGUCCCGCACACCCGCGACCGCGCGCAGUCGUGGCUGCUGCUGAGUGGCGGGGACCCCCCCGCUCCCCCCAACCCUUGAAGGCGGAGAGAGCUCGCGUCUCGCUCGGCUUCAGGGUAAGUCCAGCUGUGAGCAGGGUGUUCUGUUCUUCGCUUCCAGAAAGCCAGAGUUUUAUAAAUGGACACUGACAUGGACUACGAAAGACCCAACGUUGAAACCAUCAAGUGUGUGGUUGUGGGAGACAACGCCGUGGGGAAGACACGCUUGAUCUGUGCCAGAGCGUGUAACACGACGCUAACACAGUAUCAGCUGCUGGCCACCCAUGUGCCUACCGUGUGGGCGAUUGACCAGUACCGCGUGUGCCAGGAGGUCCUGGAGCGUUCCCGGGAUGUUGUGGAUGAAGUGAGCGUUUCUCUCAGGCUUUGGGAUACUUUUGGCGAUCAUCACAAAGACAGGCGUUUUGCGUAUGGCAGGUCGGACGUGGUGGUCCUCUGUUUUUCGAUUGCUAACCCCAAUUCCCUAAAUCAUGUGAAAACCAUGUGGUAUCAAGAAAUCAAGCACUUUUGCCCUCGCACACCUGUUGUUCUCGUUGGCUGCCAGCUGGAUCUCCGCUAUGCUGAUCUUGAAGCUGUUAAUCGAGCCAGACGCCCUUUAGCGAGGCCCAUAAAGAGAGGGGAUAUUCUGCCCCCAGAGAAAGGCCGAGAGGUUGCGAAGGAACUCGGCAUACCGUACUAUGAGACAAGCGUCUUCGACCAGUUCGGCAUCAAGGACGUGUUCGACAAUGCAAUCCGAGCCGCGCUGAUUUCUCGAAGACACCUGCAGUUCUGGAAAUCCCACCUAAAGAAAGUUCAGAAACCUUUACUUCAGGCACCAUUCCUACCUCCAAAAGCCCCUCCACCGGUCAUCAAAGUUCCAGAAUGUCCCUCCACAGGGACAAGCGAAGCUGCCUGUUUACUGGACAAUCCUCUGUGUGCCGACGUCCUGUUCGUCCUUCAGGACCAGGAGCACAUCUUUGCACAUCGAAUUUACCUCGCUACCUCCUCUUCCAAAUUUUAUGAUCUUUUUUUAAUGGAAUGUGAAGAAACCCCAAAUGGGAGUGAAGGAGCUGGUGAGAAAGAGAAGCAGAGCAGGGAUUUCCAGGGGUGGGCAUGGAGCCUUGACCCAGAUGAGGAGCAGGAGGAAGGCCCCCCCAGGACCCCUCAGAGCAAUCAGUGGAAGUCCUCGAGCCAGAACCUGUCCCAGCAGGAGGGUCCGGGGCUGGAAGCCGAGAGCUCGAUUCCAGAGACGCAGAGUUUGUCAGCCUGGAGCAAGGGGUUCGUCGGCAUGCACAAGGAGAUGCAAGUCAAUCCCGUUUCCAAGCGGGUGGGCCCCAUCACCGUGGUCAGGAUGGACUCCUCCGUCCAGCCAGGCCCUUUCCGGACCCUGCUCCAGUUUCUGUACACGGGACAACUGGAUGAAAAGGAAAAGGACCUGGUGGGCCUGGCUCAGAUUGCAGAGGUUCUGGAGAUGUUUGAUUUGAGGAUGAUGGUGGAAAACAUCAUGAACAAGGAAGCCUUCAUGAACCAGGAGAUUACGAAAGCGUUUCAUGUCAGGAAGGCCAAUCGGAUAAAAGAGUGUCUCAGCAAGGGGACAUUCUCGGAUGUGACAUUUAGGUUGGAUGAUGGAGCCAUCAGUGCCCACAAACCGUUGCUGAUCUGUAGCUGCAGGUGGAUGGCCGCCAUGUUCGGGGGCUCGUUUGUGGAAAGUGCCAACAGUGAGGUAUAUCUCCCGAACAUAAACAAGAUGUCAAUGCAAGCGGUAUUGGAUUACCUUUAUACCAAGCAGUUGUCACCUAACUUGGACCUGGACCCACUGGAAUUAAUUGCCUUGGCAAACAGAUUUUGCCUGCCACACCUGGUUGCACUCGCAGAGCAGUAUGCUGUCCAGGAGCUGACCAAGGCCGCGAUGAGUGGCGUGGGCAUUGACGGGGAAGUGCUCUCCUAUUUGGAAUUGGCCCAGUUCCACAACGCCCACCAGCUGGCUGCCUGGUGUUUGCAUCACAUCUGCACGAACUACAACAGUGUGUGUUCCAAGUUCCGCAAGGAGAUCAAAUCGAAAUCCGCAGACAACCAGGAAUACUUCGAGCGGCACCGCUGGCCCCCAGUGUGGUACCUGAAGGAGGAAGACCACUACCAGCGUGUGAAAAGGGAACGCGAGAAGGAAGAUAUUGCACUAAACAAACAUCACUCGAGACGAAAGUGGUGCUUCUGGAAUUCGUCUCCGGCAGUCGCCUGAGGAGGAAGAGAGACAAAAAUCAGUAAUCUGACACACCACUUCUAAAAGCACUACUGUAAAAUUAGUCUUCUUAUUAGAGAUAAGUCGUAGUUCAGGUUUCAGGCACUGAUCCUCCUCCUCCGUUGUGCAUUUAUCUGUGUCGGGAUCAAAGCGCAAGCUCCCCAUCAAUUAGCCUGGGCAAAAAGGGAAGUUGAUGCUCACUGCAUUCCUUAAACUUAUAUGUAUAUUUUUUGUUAGAAGGCUUAAUAAACUUUAGUCCGUUAUUUCGUUUCUUUUUAUACAAAGGAGAAAAAAAAAUCCAGCUUUCAUGUUUCAAAGUCCAAAUUGGAAAAUAUUUUUAUAUGGUCUCUUGUAUUUUGUUGAAACGAAAAUACUAUGUAUUACUUUAUUUUACAGGCCACAAAUUAACCAUGAAGUCGCCCUGUGAUUCUCUUUGCCCACAUGACCACCAGGCAUUAUUGCAUAAUUAGAGGGUUAUGCUUUCGUUGUGAAGUACAGGGCUGGAGCGAAAUUCCCCCAAGCGCAAGUUAGCGUUUAAUCUUUGUUCUGCCGAAUAACACUGGUAUAAUUACCGAGUCAACUCCAAGAAUGCGUAUUUACAAUAUUUGCCGUGUAAGUGCUAGUGAUUAUAUGGUUAUAUGUGCCAGGUAAAAUAUAGUGAUACCAAGUCUUCUGUUGUUUAAAAUGUCCAGAUUCAAAAGGAUGAUCUUUAUAAUCAUUAGAAGGGCUUAUUCAAUCCCAGCAUUACCCAGGGCAAACCCACUGCUGGACCUGAACACAAGAGCUACCAUUGAGAGCGUUGGUGUUUGGGUGGCUGUGUGCGGGUUUGUGUCUCUCCGUGCCCCUGGAUCUUGCCAUGCUUCUGCGUGCAGAUUCUUCAAAGACUUGAACUGAGAUGGGCAAGGGAAGGGAUCCCCAGCCUUUGUCCCGUCAUCUGCAGGCUCGUCACAUCUCACCCACGGAAACAGGCUUCCUCAGGUCUCUCACCUGCAGCCAACUUCACUUUGUAAGACACGCAUUUUUAACUCUUCCCAGGGAAAAAUCAGGCCACUGUAGAAGUAGGCUGAGGCAGACCACCCACCCCUGCUGAAGGUCAGCGGGGCCUGUGAAGGCGCAAAGCUGGAGGCUGGGUCGUCUAGGGUCCGUGCAUUCUCCAACGCAGACAGGAGUCUUAUUCCAAGAGUCUAGGAAAUGGUGCUAUUGUGAGUUAGUCCUGACCCUUUGUCAUUCUGAGUUUUCAGUGUUAAAACAGAAAGUAUUGAGCAGGGGAGCUUUGGAGAGGCGGUCAGUCUUUGCUUCUCUGUACAUUACUAUGUUACUGCUCUCAUACAGAGCAUUUCAAGGCCGCAGCGCCAUACCUGUUGUGGGAUGGGCGUGGUGGGGGCAGGGGCGGGGGCUUAUUUUGUUGGGAGGUCGACUUACUGAUGCUAAAGGCUGUUGAUUUUUUUCCUAGCUUUCGAAAGUUGGAAAAGAGACAGUUGAGUCCAAAC